UUCUGUGCACAUACCAAAAGGAGACCAUUUAGAAAUGGCAGCAUGUGUUGAUUCACUUGCAGAAGAGCUUGUCUGUGCCAUCUGCACAGACAUUUUCAGUGACCCUGUCAUGCUGGACUGUGGUCACAACUACUGCAGGGAAUGCAUCCUAAAAGUUUGUCAGAUGCAAGUUCAAAAUUCCCUCUGCCCAGAGUGCCGGUGUGUUUUUGUUAAGGAAAAUCUCAAACGAAACAGAGUACUUGCCAAUCUGGCUGAAAAGGCCAAGGAUUUGAAUUCAGCUCCCUUAUUUUCCUUUGGACCAGGAUUUCUGAAUAAGCCUCCUACAAAAGUUAAAACCAAGAUUGUCUUUAAUAAAAACUGCAAGAACCACCCAAAUCUGCCAGUGGAGUUUUUUUGUGAAGCAGACAAAGUUCUGUUGUGUCGAACCUGCAGCACCACUAGCAAUCAUAAGAACCACCAUUUGCUAACCAUCAAGCCUGCUGCAAAGAAGCAAAGGGAAAUCUUGAAAACCUCAUUGAGUGAGCUGACAGAACAGAAACAUCACUUCAGCAACUUACAGGGAAGUCAGCAGUGGAAGAUACAAAAGAUAAAGAAAUGCUCCACAAAACUGAUUCACAACAUCCAGUACAAUUUUGCUAGGCUCCAUCAGUUUCUCAUACAGAAAGAACAUAACCUUAUCCAGAAAGUGAAAAAUCAGGAAGAGAAAGCUGAAGAACCAUUAAAGAAGACAGUCACUCUGAUUCAGGAACAAAUCCAAAAAAUUGAAGAGGAGAUAUCCAUACUGCAGUCCAUCAUUGAUCAGAAGGAUUUGCAGUUUUUACAGAGACUGGCGGAAGUACCCAAAAGUAGGGAAUAUAUUGAACCAUAUAUUUCUGAAGAUGAGCCUAAAGAAAUUUCUCUGGGUCUGUAUGAAGAAUUUCUUCAGUUUGCAGUGUGGAGAGAGAUGAAGAAAGUUAUUAGCCCAGUUCCAGAACAGCUGACAGAAGAACACCAGAGAGUGGGUCUGAUACACUUUGAAUCUACAGAACAAACAUCAUAUUUAGUAGAAAAUCUGCUGUUUGACCCUAGUUUAUCUUCCAAAAGGAAUUCUACCAGCUUUCCUAUGCCACUUCCACUUAAUUCAAGAAAAUAUUAUUGGGAGGUAGAAGUACAAGGGAAAACAGAAUGGAGAGUGGGAAUCAGUGUUUACCCAGGAGAGAAAAUAGCUUAUCAUAUGCCUUUCUGGGACAAAGUCAAAACAUUUGUCAGCAAUUUACUAGACGAGAAAUAUUUACUCAUGUUGCAAAACAAUGAGUACUCCAUCAGUACCCCAAGGUCCACCACCACAGUACACCUACAGGUGAGACCCCAGGUGAUUGGGUUGUUUGUUGAUUACUGUGCUGGUCAUAUUUCAUUUUACAAUGCAGAAACCAUGUCCCUUAUUUACAAGAUAUCAGAACAUUUUAAAGGUGAGCUAUAUGCAUAUAUUGACCCAGGUAAUUAUCACAAUGGCUUUAACUCAGAACCACUCAAGAUUCCAGCUUUGUCAGUUAAAUACUGCCCUCCUGAUCAUAUCAAAAGAUAGUCAUUCCAACAAAUACAUAAGCCAGUGGAAUAGUAUAAGUUUUGUUGUGUUUACAGCAGUUUUGCUGCCAAUGCCUGUACAGCUUGGCCUCCUCCCCUUCCAUAUCCUUCCUGACUUCUUUUCUGCCUAGGUUAUAAUAAAUACAUUAUAUGACUGACCUUCACCAGUCCUUUAAUGUGUCACUCUAUAACCCAAGCCCCCUUUCUGAAAAGUGUUUAGGUAAUCCUGACUUAAAUCUCCCCUUGGAUUGCCAUUCAUGUCCUUGCCUGCCUCCUUUGUCCUCUUCAAUGUCAUCUUUUUUAUUCUGCCUCUGACUACAUGGCUUCCCUAUAUCAAGUUUCCACUCCUUUUUAUUUUCAGGAGAAUUUACUUCCAGCACCUUCUAUUGUUUUACUCCACUUCCCGUUUCCUUCACAGUUUUUUCCUAUCCAUGUUCUCCAGCAGUAUGUUAUGUUUCCAGAACUAUCUGAAGAAUUAUACACAGUAUUGUGGGCCAGUAUUAUCAAUAUUGGAAAAGUGGGACAAUGAUCAUUCGGUUCAUGGUGAUCAUUACUCUUUCUGUAAAGUAUCUCAUUCCAUUUUCUGUAGACACAGUUUUUGAUGUCUCUUUAUCACUCUGUUUUACAGGACUGAAUUUUGAGAUAAUAGGUUCAUCAAGACCCUGAGACAUGAUCUUCUAGAAGAAAAGUAUGACUUUGUCUUACCAGUCAUUGACUUUAUAGACAGGAUACAAACAGGGAUAACAGAAAGGUGAUGUUAAGUCAUAGGAUGUGAGAAAAUACCCUAUACUUUUUACUGGUUGUUAAGUAUAGGAAAUUAUGCCAUUUGUAAUCUAAACCUUUGAUACUUAAAAUUGAUGUACAGUGUAAAUGUUGUGUAUAUAUCUAGUGAAGAUAUUAAUCAAGUAAAUACCUGGGUUGCAUUUUCUCCCUCUCUCUCUACAGUAUUUAAUUACUUUAAUUAUGUCAGCUGUAUGUAAUUUGUAAAAGAUGUAUCAUGCAUGCCUUGCAAAGCUGGAGAAAACAUAAUUUUCGUCUUAUUUCUUUAUAUGUAUAAAUCCUAUACACAUACUGAGAACAUAUGUACCUCCUCUCUCAUUUCUUUAUACAGAUACCUUCCUGCAGUUUAGUCAACUUUCCUUGUAAUGCAUGGAUUAUUAUUCAUAGUGCUUCAAUAUUUGUUAAGGCAAAAACAUCUAGGAAUUUACCAGAUGAUAAUAAAAUUAAAGCAAUGACUGAACCAAUUUAAUUUAGUCUGACUUCUUACAUAAAAAGUGAGAAGGACAAUUUUGCUAUAUUGAAGAUCAACCAUAUGUUUAGGCAUUUGCUAGCACAAAGUUAAAUGAUGUUGACAGACUCUGCUGUUGUUUACCUGCCUUGGCUUGAGUCUGAUGGAAAUGUAUUCAAAUUUAUAUUGUGAUUAAACAAGAUGCUUUGCUGCUUUAGUCCUCUUCUAUGUCAACAGAUGAAAUUUGUACUUCUUAUAUUAAUAUUAUUUAAAUAAAAUAAUUUAUUAUUUUUGCUAUGCAGAACCUAAGGCUGCCUUUCUCCUUAUUCUGAAUACAAUGUCCAUUUUCUAAACCAAACAGCAUGACUCUUCCAAAUUACAACAUUUUGGACAGAGGAAAUAAGAACUGCAGUAACUGAGAGUGUUUAAUGGAAGUAUGUAGGUAAAUCUAAAAUAAAGCAAUGUCUAUGGACUGCAACAUUA